AUGGCUCGAAUCUCACACCUCUGGGCUCACCCCGAGAUCAACCCCCUCAACAAGAAAGCACGCUCAAUUCCUUUCUUGAACCCCGUCACGGAUCGCUAUGGACGCGUUUUCUUCUUCUCGUGGUUCGGCUUCAUGAUUGCUUUCUGGUCGUGGUAUGCUUUUCCGCCUCUUCUAGCUGAUGUCAUUGCUGGCGACAUUGGCAUGAAGAGUUACCAAGUUGCGAACUCGAACAUCAUCGCCUUGACUGCCACCUUGAUUGUUAGACUUAUCGCUGGACCUUGCUGUGACCACUUCGGUCCUCGACUUACCUUUGCUGGGUGUCUACUCGCCGGCGCCGUACCCACCUUUCUCGCAGGCUGCGUGAACAACGCUAGCGGCCUCUACGCUCUACGCUUCUUCAUCGGUAUCCUAGGCGGCAGCUUCGUCCCCUGUCAAGUGUGGACGACGGGUUUCUUCGACAAGAAUGUCGUCGGCACCGCCAACGCCCUCACCGGCGGCCUGGGUAACCUCGGCGGCGGCAUAACCUACUUCGUCAUGCCGGCAGUCUACAACUCCCUCGUCCAAAACCAAAAUAUCGCUCCGCACAAAGCCUGGCGCAUCUCCUUCGUCGUCCCCGGCAUCCUCAUCGUCUUCGUCGCCGCAUGCCUCCUCCUCCUCUGCGACGAUACGCCCACCGGCCACUGGAGCUCUCGCGUCACAGCAGCAGAAGACACACUCCGCAGGCAAUCGGUCACUACUGUGGACAUCCAGGGCAGCAUCACCGACGCGCCCCUCCCGGAGAAAGACACCACGCCCGGUACCCCCAUCUCGGAAAAAGACCAGUCCAAAUCCUGGAAAGACGCCGAAGCGCAGGACUCCCCAUUGCAGAAAAUCGACACCGCCCGCGGCGAAAUCAUACAGAAGCCCUCUGCCAGUAAUAUCCUACGUGUAAUGUUUAGUCUCCAGACUCUGGUGCCUGCGGCAUGCUAUUUCUGUACGUUCGGCGCGGAGCUGGCGAUAAACAGCAUCCUGGGUAACUACUACAUGAAGAAUUUCCCUGCACUAGGAUUGCAGCAAACGGGUAACUGGGCGGCAAUGUUCGGCCUACUCAACGGCGUUACGAGGCCAUUGGGUGGGUUCGUGUCGGAUCUUGCAUACCGCAAAGCAGGCAGUGUGUGGGCGAAGAAGGUUGUGCUGCAUACCUAUAGCAUCCUCGCUGGCGUCUUCCUCAUUCUGAUUGGCGUGCUGGAUAGUAAGAGCCAGGCUACAAUGUUCGGGCUUGUGGCUGCGAUGGCGUUCUUCCUUGAGGGAGGCAACGGCGCGGACUUUGGGUUAGUGCCGCAUGUGCAUCCUCAUGCAAAUGGGGUUGUUAGUGGAUUCACAGGCGCCGCAGGUAAUUUUGGAGGAAUUGUCUUUGCGAUCAUUUUCAGGUACAACGGAAAGGCAUAUGGUAAGGUGUUUUGGAUUAUUGGGGUUAUGACGAUUGGGAUCAAUCUUGCAGUUAGCUGGAUUAGGCCUGUGCCGAAGGGGCAGAUUGGCGGACGAUAG